GUUUUCAUUUAUUAAUAUAUAACAUAAUGAUCAGAUGUUCUUGUGUUUCAGGUAUAAGUGGAGUGAAUGAGACUCAUGUGUUCAUCAGUUCUGGUGAAAAUGUCCAUCUGUCCUGUAAUAAUGCUCUUCAUGACUGUACAUCAACUACAUGGAACUAUAACGGAUUCAGACAUUCAGCAGCAGUUGAGCUGAUUGGUUUAGGGAUAAAGAAGAAAGACACAGAGAGUCAUGAGAGACUGAGUCUGGGGUCUGACUGCUCUCUGAACAUCAACAACAUCUCAACAGAAGAUUAUGGAUCUUACAUCUGCCAACAAUGGACUGGUGUGAAUAGAGACAAACAACAAGGAACUGAUGCUCAUGUUUUUCUGCAUGUUCUUCAUGUCUCAUCCUCACAGACUGAGAUCAGUGCAGGUCUCUCUGUGACUCUCUUCUGUCAGUUGUAUUCAUAUACUGGAGUCUCUUGUGAUGAUUUGAUCCGUUCUGAGAGAAUUCAGCUGUUCUGGGUGAAUCAGACUGGCGUUAAACUGACGAGAUCAGACUCCAGAUAUCAGAUAUCAUCCUCAUCAGAUCACUGUAUCAUCACUCUGAAUACAACACUCCUGAAUGAAGAUGACAACAGAGAGUGGAGAUGUGAAGUUACUCAGAGAGAUCAAGUCAAGACCUCAGUCACAUACACUGUCAAGAGUUCAGCUCAAGCUGAUUCAACGGCAGCAGGGAUUACUACACGAGAGAUUGUGAUUGUGAUUGCUGUCUGCGCUUCAUUCGUUCUUCUUCUUCUUGCUCUGAUUCUUUGGAUGAUGAUUCGUAAGAAAAGAUGCGGUGUCAGAAGAGCGACUGAUGACUCUGUGGAUCCAUCAUCCAGAGCUGGGACCAACUCAUUGUUUUGUGAGUCACAAGUAAAUCUUGAGUCUCUGCAUUCAAGUCCCGAGUCAAGACAGACAAGUCCAAGUCAAGUUGAGCAGACAGAUGAUGUGACUUAUACUGAAGUUACUGCGUUCAGUAAAAACAGAGCCAAAAAGAACAAGGUUCACUGUGAUGAUAAAGUGACUUACGCUUCCAUCGGAGGAGCAAAAGCUGGAGCUCAGGAAGACUGCAGUCAACUUUACGCUUCUGUGAACAAGAACCGUCACAAAUCAGGCAAAUAAUCAUACAAUAAUCACACCAGCAGAGCAAUAUGAGCCGUAUAUAAUUUACUCCUAAUGGUUUCAUUCAGUGCCAUUAUAUUUAUGUCCAAUGUCUUUUACGUGUUCAGAAACAAGUGAGUUAUUGUUUUUUUUUGUACAGUAUCUGUCUGUGUCUUUAUUAUUAAUUCAGGCUCUGUUUGCACAAAGUCUAGAAAAUAGAGGACAGUUUUACUCUCUUAGAUCAUUCUUAUUAAAUCACUGAUAAUCUCAAGUGAUUAAUUAACAGCUUGCACUAAUGAUGAGAACAGGCAAAGCUACAUGAUGUAAGGGUUUAUCACAAUAUGACAGGAAUGAUCAUUUGGUUUUUGAACCGUUUGAGCAGCUGCUUUCAGCAAUGCUUGUAAUCUUAUAUUUCAUGUGUCAGUAAUAGUACACUUAUACACUAAGGCCUGGUUUCACAGACAGCUUAAGUCAGGACUACACUGAAAAAAAUGAGUGUAAGUUUAACUUUAUAAUAUUUUAAAAUGCUACAGAGAAAAAAAUAACUGUUAAUAACAUUAAGUUUCUGUACUACAUACAGGGAAAAACUGUGAAAGAUCUAACCAGACAUUCCAUGUCAUUUUACAGUAAAAUGCUGUUAAUUGUACAGUCUUUAUAAGUAAAAAAAA